UCAUAUAACUGCAUAUUCCCAGCUCAUUAUUAAAAUAGCGCUGUGCUUCUUCGCAUUUCUUAUACUUUUCUAUUUUCUUUCUCACAGUUGAAGCUCCUCCAUUCCGCCUUCCGCAUUUCAGAAACCAUGGUUGCCAGCAACAAUUCAUCCAGUUUUGUUACGACACUACUUAUAAUUUCAGCUUUCUUUCUCAACUCCUUAAUUUCCAUGGCAACAAACACCCUCUCUCUAGGCCAAUCCCUCUCUGGAAACCAGACCUUAAUCUCCGAAGAUGGCACCUUUGCUCUCGGCUUAUUCAAACGUGGCAAACCUUACAGAUUCUACAUAGGCGUCUGGUACAACAAGCUCCCAGGUCAAACGAUAGUCUGGGUAGCAAACAGAAAAGCUCCCAUCUUUGAUCCUACAAAUUCAAAGCUUCAAAUCUCAGAUCUCGGCGAUCUCGUCCUCCUCAACAGCUCCAACAAUCCAGUUUGGUCAUCGAAAUCCACGGCUAAAGCUGCCAUAGCUAUCCUGCUUGAUACAGGGAACCUUGUUCUCAGAAAUGGUUCAAACUCAGAAGUUGAUAUCUGGCAAAGCUUCGCUCACCCGACGGAUACAUGGAUGCCUGGGGGAUGGCUUGGUGUGAACAAAGUCACCGGAGAGUACCAGAGCUUGACAUCAUGGAAGAGCCCUGAGGACGCUACACCCGGUUUCUUUGGGCAGAGCAUGAACCCUGAUGGCUCAAACGAAUAUGUUUUGAUCUGGAAUGGAUCAAACAUCUACUGGAGAAGCGGUCUAUGGAAUGGCCAGUACUUCGCUAACGUUCCAGGAACCAGAGAAAACACGGUCUUCAACUUUACUUUCGUUGACAAUAAAGAUAGCAAGUUUGCCACAUACACGAUGAAUGUGAAAAGUAUACUUACUCGAUUUGUAGUUGAUUCUGAGGGGCAAGGGCUGCAAUGGUUUUGGAUGAGCACCACACAACAGUGGCAGACAGAGUUCACCCAGCCUCUAGCUCACUGUGAUGUCUACUCUCUUUGUGGACCUUUUGGAAUAUGUGAUGAAAUGAAUCUUGAUUCGAUUUGCAGGUGUGCUGUUGGUUUUAUGCCUGCUUCAGAGCAGGAAUGGGCAGUCAAUGACUGGAGUUGCGGAUGGUCGAGGGAAUCUCUGGAAUGGGCAGUCAAUGACUGGAGUUCAGGAUGCUCGAGGAAAUCUCUGUUACAAUGCAAAAAAGAUGGAUUUCUUCCGCUGUAUAACAUGAGGCUACCUUCAAAUAUUCCAGAGAGAUUGAAAGUGAUGAAUGAAGUGGAAUGCAAAGAAGCUUGCCUGAACAACUGUUCUUGCACCUCUUACGUUUAUGACACAGAUUGCUCAAUAUGGAAAGAGGAACUCAGGAACCUUCAGCAAACUAAUGAUGGUGGUGAGAAGGGAGGAACUCUAUACCUCCGCCUCGUGGCAUCCGAUAUCCCCACUUCUAGCAGCUCAAAAACAGUUGUGGUUGCUGUAGUUCUUGGACUAGUUGCCGGAGUUGCUGUAGUCUUGAUAAUUGCUUUCACUCUCAUAUGCCUAGGCAGAAGAAGGAAGGGAAGUGCCCAGGCCGCAAAAGCAGAAGGAUCUUUGGCGCGGUCAGCUGCUAAGAACUUCACUGAAAAGAUUGGAAGUGGAGGAUUUGGCUCAGUCUUCAAAGGAACACUUCCUAACUCCACAUCAGUAGCCGUCAAGAAACUUGAAGAUGCAAGGCAGGGAGAGAAGCAGUUUCGCGCUGAAGUUUGCACUCUUGGCGCAAUUCAACAUGUCAAUCUGGUUAGACUUCAUGGUUUCUGCUCUGAGGGUAGCAAAAGGCUUCUUGUCUACGAGCACAUGCCAAGAGGCUCUCUUGAUUCCCAGCUUUUCGGCGAUAGCUUCACUGAGCUAAACUGGGAGCUAAGGUUCCAGAUCAUUUUAGGAACAGCAAGAGGAUUGGCUUACCUUCACGAGGAAUGCAGGGAACGCAUAGUUCACUGUGAUGUAAAACCUGACAAUGUGCUACUGGAUGCGGAUUACAACCCCAAAGUUUCAGACUUUGGAAUGUCCAAGCUUAUUGGAAGAGAGUUCAGUAAGGUUUUGACGACAAUGAGAGGCACUGUAGGCUAUCUUGCACCAGAAUGGAUUGCAGGGCUACCAAUCACGCCGAAGGUUGAUGUGUAUAGCUAUGGAAUGAUGAUCUUUGAGGUGGUUUCUGGUAAGAGAAACAACAUGCAUUCUGACGAGGGAUGCCUGGCAUUCUAUCCUUCAUGGGCUGCAAAAAAGGUUGUGGAAGGAGACGUUAAGAGCUUAUUAGAUAAGAGAUUGGAAGGUGUUUAUGUGGAACAAUUGACAAGGGUAUGUAGACUUGCUUGCUGGUGUAUUCAGGACUCGGAGGAUCUGAGGCCAGGAAUGCGGCAGGUUGUUCAGAUACUGGAGGGAGCUUUAGAGGUGAACAUGCCUCCUUUGCCAGCUGCACUUCAGAAUAUCAUAGGUAGUUGGAAUCCUUCUGCGGUUUAUUCAUUCAGAAAAGAUGAUAAGGGUGAAAGCAGGAAAGAGAUCAGCGAAGAAUCCUAUGUGAAUGAUCAAGAUGAAGCAACUACCGUGACUCGCUAAUCAAACAAAUAGAUUAGCUUUGCUGGUGAUUGUUUGUGUUAUCUCUGUGUUUUGUUUGUUAGGAUCAUGUACAGCUUAUAUAUGCAUAUAACAUGUUUCGGUAAUAAAAAGAACUUGUAAAUGGAGGUGGUAUAGUAAUUGA